AUGGCCGGAGAGAAGGUUCACGCCGGCCACUGGCCGCGAGAGCUGGUAUUUAACUCGACCAGUUCCUUUUCUGCGUGCACUGUACUAUCCACCAAGACCAAGACAAGUGAAGCACGCGCAGGGAACGCUGUCCGCGCGAAGGUGAAGAGCCACGAGAGCAGCAGCCCAUACGGCUACGUCCCGACCGAGUGGAUCUGCGUCCUGUUCGUCGCGCUCUUCUCCCUCUCCACAGCGAUGCACACCGCGCAGGCGGCGCGCACACGCCUCUGGUGGCUGCUCCCUACUGCGUGCUGUGCCGGCGUCCUCGAGAUCGUCGGCUGGAGCGUGAGUUGUGCCGUUCGCCGGCCCGUACGCGCUGUGCUCACCGCCCGAUUUCUCGGGCUCUCUCCCUCUUCUCCCCUCCCCGGUGGUUUGCGCAGGAUUGUCGCGACGAUAAUCGCGCCGACACCGCUCAUCGCUGUGAAUUUCGUCGUCCUUGCCGAACUCAUCCGGCGGCUCGGGCCCUGCUACAGCCGCCUGAGCCAGCGGCGGUACACGCUCAUUUUUUGCGGAUGUGAUGUCGUGUCGCUCGUCGUGCAGGCCGUCGGCGGAGGCCUCGCGUCUGCGGCGGUGAACGAGGAUGAGAGCCCCAAUCAGGGCGGGUACAUCAUGCUCGGCGGGAUCGCAUUUCAGAUGUUCUCGAUCACAGUGUACAUGCUGCUCGCCAUGGAAUUCGUCUCGCGCUUCCUCCACGACAGGCCGGUGCGCAUUGCUGCAGAGGGUCCGCGCACGGGCCUGGACACCAAGGCCCGGCUGAUGUUCGCCGGACUGGCUCUGAGCAGCCUGUGCAUCUACGUCCGGUCGGUGUACCGCACGAUUGAGCUCGCAGAUGGCUGGACGGGGUACAUCAUCGAGACGCAGCGCUAUUUCGACUGGCUUGACGGGGGGAUGGUCGCGCUCGCGAUGUUCGCGAUCAACGUCUUUCACCCUGGGCGCCUGCUGGGACCGCGCUCGACGUGGGGCGCGGCGGUGGCGUGCACUGCGGACACGGUCCAAUAUAGCGCGAGCGGAAAGGGGAAGACGAUGCAGGACGGCGAGGAGGAGGACGAGGACGAGGGCGGGCUGAUGUAG